CCCCGCGCUCUGUGCAUGGGGUUUGCGCGCCAUGGCUGCCCCCCGGCGACCUCCGGUGGAGAGGGGCAUCCGGGGCCUGCCUGCUACAUAUACUGGAAGGGCCUGGAAAGUUCUGGAACCUUCUUCUGAAUCUCCAGGGUUUCCCCAUCUGCAGCCCCUGCAGGAAACCCCUGGGGCUGCUGAUCUUUUUAAGUGUCAUAAAGAAGCACACAGGCCCCCUCUGAUCAAUUUCAGCCUCCCCGGGAGACAUCCCCAGUGGGGCUGGUAAGCCUGGGCAGGACAGGAUCACCGGCCAAGAGGACGGGGCAGAGCCUGAUGGUGGCCACGGAGCCGGCAGAGGGACCUGGCCGCAGAGGGAAGGCAUGCUCUGUCCUCCUGCAGCCAAGGCUGGCCUCGUGGCCUCCCUGUGGUGGCCCAAGUCCUCCUGGCAGCCAGGCGAGGCCCCGUCGGACAGCGAGGAGGCCAGGGACGGGGACAGCUUGGUGUCAUCAGGCCGCCUGUCCGGCUGCUCGGGGGGCCAUGAGUCGUGCAGGCCCUGGCAGGAGAGGCCCCCCCCGGUGCGGGGGCCCCCACGGCAGCCCAGGACCAGCGACCCCCGGCUGGAGCGGCUGCGGGACCGGAUCCGGGCGCAGGCACGCUGGCAGGCGAGCUGUGGCUCCCUGGGCACCUCGGUGCCUUCCAGCGCCUCACGCCUAUGCAGACCCUCCUGGCCGGCGCCCCAGAGGAAGGUCCGCAGGGCGGCACAGGCCCCCCCGGCCCCCGCACACCCAGGCUUCAGCAUCCAGAGGGCGGCUGAGAGCAGAGUCAAAGAGAAGGCGUCCCCCGGCCAGGGGAUCGAGCCCUUCCACGGCCCCCGGCGCCAGGCUUCAGUUCCACGGGGAAAAGGCAAAAGGACCAAAAGUUGUUCCUGCAAGAAAGAGAAGGCACCCACUUCGCCCUCCCUGAGAAGAGCUGCGAAAAGCAAAGGGGACAGCAAGAAAGUUCAAGGUGCCGAGGGCCGGCCGGGUCCCGCUCGGACGCGCAGCCCGGCCUCCACCUGCAGCGACCCACAGGCACCUACCCUCGCCCUCAGCCAGGCCUCCAGGGACCCGCCGGCCACCAUCGAGAACGCCAUGUCCAUCCUGCAAGACCUCCGCCAGCAAAUCCAGGCCGGGCUGGAACUGGCCCAGGACCCCCUCCGCAGGCAAAGGACUGAGCCCGGGCGGCAGAAGCUGCGGCUGCAGGACCCGGCCGCGUGGAGACAGUGGGGCUCCUUGAGCACCCCCAGUGUGCAGGUCCCCUUCUCCAAAAGGCCUUGGGCCACGACUGCGGGGAAGGGACCCCCUCUAGAGGGGGCUUCGAGCUUGCCUGCCCGGCAGCCCUGGAGCGCCUCGGCGCCAUGGGAGAACUCCCCGCGGUGGGCCUGGGCGGCUGAACGACGGGACGUCCCCUUCCAGCGCCCUACGAGCCCCCAGGGGAGGCCGGCCGCCCGGCCGCAGCGGCCCUGGAGCGCCUCGGCAGGGCAGGUCUCCCGUCUGGACACGGCCUGGGACCCGUCUGAGGACUGGGACGCCCCCGCUCGCAGCCCAUGGAGCCCCGCGGACAGGCGGAGCGCCCCCGCCCCACAGCCCUGCAGCGCCUCCGUGGCGCAGAGUACGGGCGCCCCGGACCCCGGCGGGGGCAGCGCCGGGCGCCCCCCGGGAAGGAAGAAGGAGAAGGAAGAGGGGCUGGCGUCCUGCCGGAAGCCCCGGUCCGUCCCGGGCAAGCCGCACAGCGCCGAGGCCCAGCGGGAGUUCCUGCCGCAGGGCGCGCCUGCCCGGCACCGCCAGGUCCUGGAGGAGAAGGCGGCGGCCGCCCGCGCGCGCGAGCAGAGGGAGCAGCGGCUGCGCGAGGUCCUGCGGCCGCAGAGGGAGGCCGCGCACGGCAGGGCCGCGCCCGUGGUCUCCCGCACCGCCCCCGGCAUCGUGACCUUCGUGCCCCGGCCCGCGCCGUCCGGGGGCGCGGAGGCCACCAGCAGCCCGGACUCCCCGGUGCUGGAGUGGAGCAAGGUGACUUCCGGCGUGGUGCUGGGAGACCAGGAGGCGCAGGGCAGCUUCUGCCUGUUUUUGAACAAAGCCUUGAACCACCCUGACAAUGUGGAGAAGGAAAGCAUCCGGGACGGCUGGGAUGGUGCCUCUCUCCUGGUGCCUGCCAGCUCCCCCCUCGGUCCCCUGGCCAUCCGCUACCCGUCCCCAGGGCUGUGCAUCUACCUGGACUCCAGCGAGGCCGGGCAGCCUGGCGUGUCCAGCUCCCCACACCUGCAGUACAAGCGGGCGCGGCUGCAGGCUCUGGAGUCCAUGGCCAGUGUCCUGAAGCAGCGGAUCGACGUGCUGACGGCCAAGCUGCACAAGCCGGAGGCCACGGAGGCUCCCAGGGACCCGGCCUCAGACCCGUUGCCGCGCCCUGGGGCCGCGCUCCCGGCCCCCGCCUGCCCUGGAGACUUGGUGUCCCACGGGGAGACAGGGCCCCCCCAGGGGGGCACACGGGGCUGGGCGGACAUGCAGGCCAGGCCGCUUCUUUCUCCCACCUGCUUCCCAGAUGGCGAAGCGCUGUGGGAGCCGCAGCAGCUCGGGACCCCGUGGAACCAGCACACAAGCAGGCUCUCAGGUUUCCUGGAGACUGGCCAUGCUGAGCCGGAGAGGUGGCUGGCGAGAAAUUCAAGCUCCUUCCACGCCGUCAGCCCCUUCUUGGGGAGCUCCCUCAGUGUGCCCCCUAUGUUGGAUCCCUUGGGUGGCUCCCCGCGGCUGGAGGAGAGGCUGGCGGCCAGAGGGGCCGGCUUGCUGAAGAUGCCCCCCACCCGGACCUGCGGUGAGCGGGGGGCUGGCGGCCGGCGUGUUGGAGACCCCUCUACUGCCCACCUCGCCGAACUCCAGCAGCAACCCGUGAGCUUUCUCGAGUCCCUGAAGCUGCAGCAGCAGCAGGAGCAGGUGCUGGCCCUUCUGCGGCGGCAGGCGGAGCUGGAGGUCUGGGAGACGCAGCGGGCCCUGGACGGCCUGCUCUUCAAACACCGGCUGCAGCAGCGGAUGCGGAGACACAAGGCCCAGGCCGGGCCAGAAACGGCGCUGGAGCCAGAGCAGCUGCCGGCCCGGGGGCGCCUGGGGCAGGCAGCCUUGCUGAACCCCGGGACGGUCGGACCCAGCAGAGCACACUUUCUCCGGGGUGAAGCUGCCGUGCCCUCCGGGGUUCCCGAGCCACAGGGCAGUCAGCUGGGCAAGUUCGCAUCUGCAGGGCCAGUGCAAGAGGCCUGGAGGCCAGACACAGCCCCCUCCCAGCUGCCCCAAGCCAGGCUCUGCCUUUGGGACCCCUGGGGGAGGCAAGAUUCUACCUACCAGCGCCACCGGGAAGUGUCCCCGAGCGCGGGCCCGGGAGCCCCGGACGGCCUCACGCUCCAGCUGCUCCGGCAGAGCCGGCGGGAGGAGGAGAUGCGCGCGCAGCACCAGGCCGAACUGCUGCGCCUGCGCGGGAAGGCGCUGCAGGAGAAGGGGCGCGCCGAGCUGGCCUGGCUGGCGCAUCGGCGGGGGUGCCUGGAGAGCGAUGGGGACCAUGCAGCCGUGGCUGCCUUGGCGGAGCAGCAGCAGCAAGUCCUGGCCAAUCUGUGGUGGGAGCAGAAGGAAAUCCAGCACCUGCGGAACACCCACCUCUGGGCACACCGAGAGCGCAAACUGCUCCUGCAGCUGCAGGAGGGCAUCCUCUCGCUGCAGCAGUCCACAGCCCGCCUGCGGCAGGACCUGUGGGCCCCAACCAUGCGGCCACAGGUGGGCACUCUCACCUGGCUGGAGGCCCAGAGUUCCAGCCCCGAAGCCAAGGCUGCCCGGGAGGGGGGCUGCAAGACCAGCUGGCAGCCAGAGGGGCAGGCUCAGGACUCGUCAUGCCCCCAGACACAGCAUAGGCCCGGCGACCCCACCAGCUCCAACCUCUGGAGAAGCCCCCAGGGCCGCCACGUCACACACCUCCCUGCUCAGCAGGAGAGCGUGACGCCCCCCUGGGCACCCUCGGCGGUGGACGCUCCCUGGCAGCCUCCGAGGCCGGCUUGGGGAGAGGACACGCUUGCGGUCAGCCUUAUCAGCCAAGAUCCUGUGCUGUGCCAUCAGCGUCCCGGCUCGCCAGAAGGCAGGAGGGCACGGAGCCGGCCCUCUCCUACACAGUCCAGCGAGGCGGAGGGGGGUGUUUCCGCGGCUCAGCUGGGGGUUCAGGAAAUGAAGCCGCCACCAGGAGACCCCCAGACUGACCCCAGCCCUGGGUUAGCAGAGGAUGAGGUCCGGGCUCUGACCAGGAGGCUCGCCCGGGACGGCCAGGGGCAGAGCUGGCACUCCCCGGGCAGGGACGGCCCCCAUGGUCCCCGGGAAGCAAAUCAGGUGGCUGGAGGCACCGGGAGCCGAACGGGGUCAGAAGGGGGCCUGGACUCUGCUGGGAGCCCCCCGGGGCAGCCCCACGAAGUGGACAGCUGGCCGUCCCAGGAGCAGAGGAGAGACACCUGUUGGCGAGGAGAUCCCAGCGUCCCCUGCAGCUGCCUGGAAGCCACCCAGCUUGCUGCUGCUCCAGCUCCAGUGGCUCCUGAGGGGGAGGUGUCCCCCAGCCAGGCUGAGGGCAGCCCCCUGCCCGGGUCCUCUCCCUCCGUGGACUGGGGCUCCGAGUCACUUCCUGGGACCUGCUUGGGGUCCUCAGAAGCCUCGACGUUUUCCGGCGCCUCCUCAGCAGGCUCGGCGAGCUCUCUCGAGAGCUUCCAGAAAGUGUCUGCCACACUGGUCCAUGUUUCCGGGAGCUCAGUCUCCCCAACAGACCCAGAAGAGGAGGACAUCCCAGAUACAGACCUAAGCGGGUCCUGGGAGGACGUGGGCUGCCCUUUGUCCGAGACCCUGCCCGGUGUCCCCACGGACAUGGCUGUGGCGGGGAGCCCCGGGCUGCCUCUCCCCGACACCCCCUCUGCAAGGUCGGGGUCCGAGCUGUCUGAGGCCUCCAGCGAGAUUUGGCGAGAGGACCACCAGGAGGACGUGCUGGGGCCUGGCGCUGGGCCAGCCUCGGGGGGCUCCCCUCUGGCAGAGGGCUUGUCUGACCUUGGGAACGGCGGGGCCCCGUCGGCCAUUCUCCCUCCCCUGGGCCUUGGGCUGGGGCUGGAGGUCUCUGGGACCAGCGAGAGACCGAGUAAAGGAAAACCUGUGCCGAAUUCCCCGGCGGCCUCCUCCACGGCGUCCCCGUCCGAGGCCUCUUCCACCAGCGACCUGGACGCGUGGCUCUCCUUUCCUUUGGGGGCCUCCGUGUCAGAAGAAGCAGAGCUUGGCGGAGCAGGAGAGACUGGCCACCAGGAGGGUCCCCAGGACACUGACCGGAGGCUGUCCCCUCCUGGGCAGCCCUCGCUGACCAUGCCCAAGCCUGAGGUCCCCACAUCCCUGCAGGCUCCCACGGGGGACCCUGGGGAGGCAGGAGCCCCCUCUGCCCGGGGGGAUGCCCCGCUCCUCCUGGCGGGCAGCGUCGUGGCCGAGAUCCUGUCCCCCGUCGACGAGGUGCUGUCCUACGGCAGCGCCGACCUGUCAUCCACCCACCGGGCCGCCACGUCCCCACCCCCGUCUGAGCCGGCCCUCCCGGUGGAGAGCGGGGCCGAGGACGCCCCCUCGGAAGACUCCCCGUCGCCCCCAGAAGAGCUCACGUUCCUGGGCGAGGAUGCUUCUCUCGCCUCCGACGAGCUGUCCUCCCUGUCUGAGGGGCGGCCGCUGGGGGCCCCGUCCCCGGAGCUGCUGGGGCUCUGCCUCGGGGGCGCCGGGCAGGGUGGAAGCCUCGUGGAGGAUGCGGGCGAUGGGACGAGCCCUGUGGCGGGCAGCAAGGCCGGGGGCAGCCGGGAGUCUGACCCGAUCGGCUGCCUGGGGUCCCCCACGUGCAGGGGGGCCGACAUUGCCCCUGAGGGGCUCCCGAGGUCAUCGGUGCAGCCCCCAACUCCGUCCAGGGUGGUCUGUGUGUCUGGGGAGGGUCUGCUGAGGCCUUCGGUGGCUGACAACAGAGAGCACACAGGGCACCCAUCCUCUGGCACUUGGGGGGCCGGGGCUCCUGCGUUGGGUGCGGAGCCCCGGGCUGGUGUGGCCCUCGCUUGGGGCAGCCGGGGUGAGCCCUGGGAUGUGGUGCCGUGCUCUGAGGCUGCAGAGGACGAGGAAGGGCUGGCAAGACUUUGGACAGGCCAUGGGGAGCACCUGGGUGCCCCUUUGCCCCUGGCUGGGCCGCUGGGCAGCAGUGACUCCUUGGCCGAGGGCCAGGACCCUGGAGAAGUGCUGGGGGAGGGCGUGAGGGGGUCCCUACGCCUGCGGCCUGCGGCCCUGGCAGCCCCUCCCCCGGGCCAGCUGACCUUGGUGGCCAGCGGCCUGGCUGGGUCCCUCGAGGAGGCCGCGGGAGGCCUGGGCAGCCAGGAGGAUGGCCAGCCCAGACCCGGGGACCCACGGGCCAUGGAGACACUGCCCGGGCACGCUGCGGACAGCUGCCCUGCAGCCACCGAGGGCCACUGCGUGGAAAAAGCCGAGGCAGUGGACUUGAUGUCCACCCAGCUCACCAGGAGGAUCCUUUGUGACACCUUAGCCACGCUCUCAGAGCUGGCAGGGGUGGGCAGCCCGCGGGCAGGGGAGGCUCCCUGAGGUCCGGACUGGCCAGUCCCAGCCUCCCUGCGUCUACAGUGUGGCUGCUGGGCAAUCUUGGGGGAGCUGUGGGGAGUCUGGGCCAAUGAGGACCACAAGGAAACGUUGUAUACUUGUGUGUGUGUGUGUGUGUGUGCACAGGCCCGAGGCAGCAUCAUGCUGGACAGCCACCCUCCAACUGGGCUCCACAGACCAGUCACCGGCGACGCAGCCAGGCUGCACAGGGACUCGGGCAAGUUGCAUCUGUCUGCGUUUUCCUGGAUGGAGGGUCCGCUCCUCCGUCAGGCCCUCACCCGAAAGGGAUGUGGAGGCCCGGGCCUUCCAGGUCAUGCAGGCCACUGCCAGUCGAGGAGCGAGUCGUCCCCAAAGGUGGGAGAGGGAGUGCCUGGGGAGGGGCCCGUGGGACACAGCCAAGGCACAGACAGGAGAGGGGGAAGCUUCUGGAAGACAGGGAGGCAGAGCCGGGUAAGGCGCAGGGGCCCCCGGCCUGGUGGGAGGACACACUACGAUUCGCUGUCCGCGUCUGACUUUUGGGGGACUGCAGUGUUCCCUGCCUGCACCGUCCAUGACUGGGGUGGCAUGUCCUGCGCUCCUGAGCUGUGCCAGCUGGAGGGUGCAGCGGCUCAAAGGCUCCAGUGGGCCCGGAGUGGCUGUACUGGGUGCUGGGCGCUGGGCCACGGCCUCUUCCUGGAAUGGGUCCAGGCCCCGCCGAGCCGGGUGUCUUCCCUGUGGCACAGGGUGCUGGGUGCGAGGGCUGGGGCCCCGUUUCCCGGGUGGGCCCCACGUGACUCCUCGGGCCACACACAGCACCGGAAGUCCCAGGAACAGAGCAGGCCCUUCCGUGUUUCCACUUUGGCUUCCCUUAGAGCAGAUCUUCACAUUCUAGGAAACAGAUUGUGGAUUCAAGAGCAAAGAGGAUUUCCUGUGGGGAAAGAAGUCUCCAGAAGACGAACCAUGAGAACAAAACAUCUGCCCGGCCUCAGGGCUCACGCCGGCUGGAGAACUGAGCUCACUGGGGCGCGGGGGGAGGCCCAGGGUGUGGGGGUCUUGGGGCCCCAGGGCAGGCUGGCCCCUGAGAACAGCCUGGAUGUGUGUUGGGAGGAGGGAGCUGGCUCCCUGACUGUCCUGGGCCGGAGGGCUGGCCCUGCUGCCCUGGUCUCUGCCCAUGGGGGCCUCCAGGGCCCAGCUGUGGCCUGGGGAGGGUGGGCUGGUCGGGUCCCUGCAGCCCACCCUCUCAGGGUGGCCGCUGUGGCCUCGGUGACCUCCAGGCCUCGGGGCCCCAGGCAGCAGUGAAGCCCCGGGGCUGUGGCUCUGGUUUCCCCACGAUGGUCAGAAUGAUGGUGAGUGGCAGGGCCCUUGAUGGACGCUUUAAGAGAGUCCCAGCAAGAGGGCACACCGCAAGCUUGUGCCUAAGGAUUCACGUGAUGCCUCGGUCGGGGGGCUCCGCACGCGCGCGGGGGCCUGAGGAGGGGCAUGGACUUCGGUAUUUUUGUCCUGAACUGUGUCUUCCAUGUGUAGGGGGGUGGCCUUUAAAUGAGCCCAGCAGUCGAUUCUCUGAUAAAGGGAAGCAGCUUUCAAAUCUGUUUUCGUGCCUCUACCAUGGUUAGGAGUUCUAAGUGAGGCUCAUUACACCGUGUGGACCUCUCCAUGUUACUGUCCAUGUUUUGGAGCCCACUCUCUCUCCAUCUAUCCGUCUGUCUGUCUGUCUUCCAUAGCCAUCAUCCAGCUAGCUAUCAGCUAGCUAGCUAAUGCUCCUAUCUAUCUAAAAUCUAUCUAUCUAAUGUCUAUCACUCGUUGCUCAUCUCUCUAUAUAUCUAUCAUCUAUUGCUUGUCUAUUUAUCCAUCUAUCAAUCACUCAUCACUUAUCUAUCUAUCUAUAUCUCUAUCCAUCUACCCCUUUCCAGUUGCUUCUUGAAUUGGAAAAUCCCUGCUUGACGGGAAGCCCGGAAUUGGCCUUGGGGACCCCUGGGGGCUGGUUUCUCCAGGUCCCAGCUCUUCCCGCGCAGGCCCCAGGCUCCACGGCUUUGAGAGAGGAGCUCCCCAACCCAGCCGGGAGAGCCGGGCUUUUCCGGGUAUGUAGUUCAGAAGAGAGCAAAGUCCUGAGGGGCAGGUGGGCAGGUGCCCUCCACUGAGUAGCUGUGGUGACCCUGCAGCCCCCAGAACCGAGCAGGGUCCCCUGCAGCGUGGCAGGAGCCCCCCCUCUGGGCCACAGCCGGGCCUGGCCUCUGCGCUCUGGGUCCGGGGCGGCCGGCGGCUCUCAGGGCUGCCCCUGUCCCAUCCCGGGUGCGUCUCCCAGCCCGGGGCAGCAGCCUCCGAGCCCACCGCCUGGCUCUGCACCCCCUCCCCAGCGUUGCUGAGCGCACAGAAGUUUGCUUCCGGUGGGAAGGUGUUCAUUCUCUGCGUACACAAUUUCAAAAUGAACUUUGAGCUACAGCUUUCUUAUUGAUUCCUUUCUAGUUUUCUGAACAAAUUAGUCUGUAAUUUUUUAUUUUUUUUCUCUUUAUCGCUGGCCCUUUUGGAUUUAUGAGGCCGUGCGAGAGGAAUUAUGUAUUUUACACAGACGUGCUCGGCGCGGUAAUAAAUCUCCCACGUGGAAACUGCA